UGUUUAAGCGAAAUUUAUUGUUCUAACCUUUUAAAGGGAGAGUUCUGUAUGCGAGAAAGUGUUUGGAAUAACAGGUGCUUAGUUUGUUGUGAACAAUGGAUAAUUAUAGUUAUUGGAACGAUUGGAAGCGGCCCAUGAAACUUCAUGAACUCAUGGCAGAAAUUGAAAACAUUGAUGACGAUGAGUUGAUUCCUGAUACUAUUGCCGUUCUACCGCCAGUUAACGCAAAUGAAUAUAACACUGAUGAGGAUUCCGGCGACGAAAAUGAAGUGGAUAUAAACAACCUCCCUGGAAGUCAGCUGAUGACUGAAGUUGAGGUUGUAGUUGAAAACAAGGGAUCAAACCAAACUACAGUUGAGAGUGAUUUUGAUAGAGACGACCUUUGUCUACCUUUCUUACGAAAAAACGACCAAAAUUAUCAAAACCAAGUUACUCUUGGAAAAAAGGUGACAUCAACCAAGAUUUUCCAGAAUGGGUAAACGCAAGUGGUCCAAAAAUUCUUUAUCUCCUUUAG